CCAUCUUCGAAAACAGUCAUUCGGCUGCUAUGAUCGCGUUCGGACAUACGAGCUAUUGUACUCCACGCGCUUGGCAGCGACGAACUUUGAACACGGAAAUAUCGCACUUAUUACCGUAACCUCUAACGUCCAGUGUUGUUUGUGAUACGUGACAUGACGACCAUUGAAGUUUUGUUGCCUUCACCUAGAGUCAACAUGUUGGAUUCUGGUGCUGUGGACAACCUAAGCAUUCCUAGCUUGUGUGGCCCUCACAGGGGCACCCGUCGCCCGUCGGGCACCGCCGAGAGCGAGAGUGAUUCUCCACCCAGUAAGAAAAGCAAGAAGGCUCGCCGACGGAGGAAGAGGCCCAGUCAACGUUGCCGCCUGAAUGGACUUCGGACGAAACCAGUUGCGCCCUUUAACACCACCCAGUUCCUGAUGGCGGAACACGACCAGCUGCAGGAUACAGACAUUGUGGGUCGUCCUCGAAGGCACCGUGACUCCUCGCUCAGCCUCGACUCGGAAGAUCAAUCAAACGAGUUCUAUUCUUCCCCAGAAGACGAAGAGGAGUUUCUCACACGGGAGUUCUGGACUGCUUACGAGGAUGUUCACGCAGAGCGCCUCGACACCAUGACGAAGGCGCAGCUGGUUCAGGAGUACCUCGCACUCGAGGAAAAAGUGGAUUUAUUAGAACGCCAGCUUCGUGCCGUCCGAGCUCGUCAUCGGUAUCGUCUCCAGCAGAACGACGAAAUAGACGACGAUGAUGCUGUUGGACCCGGUGAACUGCGCGUCGACUCUGAGACAGCCCAGAAAAUCAGCAUCUUUCAGUCAGAGAUCAGCAAUCUUGAAUCUGAAAACCGACGUCUACGAGAGGAGAACUUUGAACUGCGCCGCACAUCCCUUACCCGGUCUUCAUCGUCAUCAUCGUCAUCCUCCAGUAGCGACUCCAGCAGUAGCAGCAGUGAUUCUAGCAGUGACAGCGAGAUGGACGAGGAGUCGGCAUCUAAACACGAAAAUUCUCAAGUUGCAGCAACGCCCGGAAAUGCUUCUCCAGCCACUACAGAAGUGUGCAGCUCCCCACAGGAGUCUGGUGUGGACUGUAUACAUUCAGGGAACACUGUGGACCAAUGCCAGCCAGAUAGUGGUGUUUCUUGUGAUAGUCCUGAGGCUGCUGAUCCUCCAACCUCAUCCUCCAUCAGCAUCGAGGUUACGGCGGGCAAGUCUGAAGCAGAGGGGGAGGUGACUAGUACUACAGCAGCGUAGCACCUUGAAGGUUCAGCACUACACACCCGUUGACUGUGAUCCCGCAUUGUAUUUAAUUUUGGUCCGUGCGAGUAAUGGUGGCACUAAAAGUCGCGUCACGCCCACCGACGUUCAUUUCUCCCUGUGGAAUUCCUGUUACUGCAUCACAUCGCCCACGAGAUGAACACAACUCAGGCUCAUGGUUGAUGUAUGGUGUCAGUUAAGAGUUCAAGUGUUCAUCGAAGUGAAAUGCAGUGAAUAAUAUUGAUCUCUAUAAAUAAGCAGACAGUGUUUGUGCUCACGUGAACUUUGUGGCCAUCGUGAGCUCGUAUGGGAACUUGCCAAAAUAUUUUAAUUAGCUAAGGACGAUUUACUUCUUUCAGAACAUACAAAGUCGAUCUCUCUGAAUAGUAAUUGUUUAUGUAUUUUUUUCCCUUGUCUACAGAAACUUAUCUGAAGUUGCUCUAGGAUGCUGCAUGUCAUGAUUAAAGUACGCGAGUGUGUGGAAGAUGUCAGACUGCUAGUUUCCAGAUACCAGUCCGCCAAACUCAUGAAAAGAAUUCCAGUUUAUUUUGUAAAGAUAUGAGUGUGUUACGCAGUUUAUAGUAAAUACACAAGAGGAACGCUUAAGUAUUUGUUGCCAAGGCGGAAUUUGGAUGUAUUCCCAUCCUAGGGUUAUACUUUUCAAAGGAUGAAUUUGUACGUUCAUUACUCUUGAAAUCUCGCGGACAUAUCUCGAAGCUAGUCAUUAAGGUCAAAUUCUGAAAUUCCCACGCAACGAUUAUGAUGCAGUACUGUUCUGUUUAAAGUGGGAGUUAAGUGUGAAUUUGUACCAAAUAUAUUUUUAUGAAAAGGAAAGAUGUUAUGCCAAUUUAUGAAUAUAUAUGUGUGUGUUCUCUAGUUUUCAUAAAAGCUAGAGAAAGAGCAGGGCGUUCGUUUCUUGGCUGUGAAUUAACGCCUGGGACAUGUCCCAGACGCUAUUAUAUGCUUAUAUUGUAACGCCCAGUGAUAGAUAUAUAUAUAUAUAUCUAUAAAUAUAUACUGUAUAAAGAGACGCUCGUGCAUUAUUUAUCGCGAGCUAUUUUGAUCCUUAUACUGUCUUAAAAAAGGUCUUAUUUUUCUUAUCAGUUAUGUGCAGAUUUUACGGGAAAUUGCAAGCUUAGUCAGUAUGGAUCAAAAUUUGUGGUGCAUUUUUUGUUCUUUUGUUUAAAACUCGUCAUUACAUGUCUUUUAGUCUUACGGUUAGACUUUUAAAAGGUGCAUAUUUUAAGCUGUCGAGGUAAAUACGCAUUGGAUUGGCCGAAGCUCCUUUCAGAAAUAAUGUAUUUGACCAGUCUUAGCGUAGCAACCUGAGCGGGUAACUUUUGUAUCCCUUGGAAAGUCUGCUACACAUAUCCUGUUGAUGGCUGCGAGACAUUUUGGCCAGAAUUCUGAAAUGGCUUACAUAAAUCACGAGAACAUGCUCAGUUAAUGAUGGUUAAUAUUAAAAGUGGUGGUGGUGUAUUUGGCGAUUUCAGAAUUCAAGGCCCUUGCGAGUACAAAGUUCCCAUGAUCUUAGCCUUCCCCCUUGUUUAUUUUUUUAAAUAAUAUUUGUUAUACAAAAACUUUAUUAAUAGCUAUAAAUAGAAAGCGGUUGCAAGUUUUUGGUUAUAUGCAAAAUAGUAUCUUAUGAUGAUCGUACCUGAGAUUAUAAGAUAAAUAUGGAACGUAAUCUUUCCUUUUCAGAAUAUUAUGUGCUUCCUGAGCGGAGAAAAUAUUGUAAAAAAAAAAGAUUUUCAGAAAUAAAUCAUUUUAAUUUAUA